AUGGGGUCGCUAGUAAAGGCCAUGCGGCCAAUUCGCAUUAUCGCGCUUCCAUUAACGAGGAUGUCCAAGGCUUCUGAUACAGCGGCGCUGCGGCAGUCAUUGGUGUACUACCACUUCCAAAUAACGAAACCUGCCGACCUUGCGCAGCAUGGGACGAACAAGAAGGAGGGGGCGGAGAAUGGCUCACUGGCGUGGAGUCCCAAGGGUGGCUGGCCACGAUGGGUCACUGCAAAAGCAUCCAACGCGUGGGCGAAGCUCGGAAAGGCCAAAGAAGGGUCUUGGAAGGUCAGGGUGUAUCAACUUGGUGAACGGUUCUUGGACCGCAUAGAUUUUGAGGAAUUGGCUCUCAAGGGGAUCGACCCGUCGUUUGGGCCGUCAAUACGGCAUCCUGACUUUGGUGGCCACUCGCAGGAUGAUGUUAAGAAUAAGCCUCCGUUGAAGAUACCGUUCCUCUACCCGCCCUCUAUCCAGAACGGUCCGACAACUUUAUCCCAAUUGACGACCUUGGUACAACAUCGCGGUCCGAAUCACAGAAAGGGAUUUCUAACAUGGAUGCUCAUAACCCCACUCACGGCACCAUUUAUGAUUAUACCAAUCAUACCCAACCUUCCGUUUUUCUUUUGCGUCUGGCGGUCGUGGCAUCAUUACAAAGCGUAUAGGGCAUCGCAAUACGUGCAAGCUCUCUUGGAGAGCGGGAGCAUAAUACCCGAACCCAGCAAAGAACUGGAUCGUUUGUACGAACGAUACCGUGUCAAGGAGAAUGCCCAAUCUUCUCACCCGACUCCGAGCCACCCGCUUCUCAUCUCGCGCGACGCCGUACCACCAAUAAUAGAAACAUUCGGGCUCGAGGUGGAUGAUAGUGCAGAUAUCUACCGCGCGAUACAGCAAGCGGAAGUGAGGAGCCGGGGCGAGAAGGGUGGAGAGGGUGAGGAGAAGACGAAAACGAAGACGUCAUAA